AUGGACUUCGAGAAGCUGACAAAGAAGGUCAGCAACUUCCACAAAAGCUUGAUGGUGUACAACUGGUACUUCCCAAAGGAGGACAAGACGGCCUUGUUCCUAGUAAUUCACUUCGAUCUUGAGCAUGCAGAGUUUGAUGCGAUCUUUCGGGCAGCGAAAGACUUCUUCGGCCAGAAGCACCAGGAUUCCGUGACGACAUAUGUCAACUGGAGCGCCGGCAGUGGCACCCAAAACAAUGUCUUGGAGUGUUGGGCUUCUUGCCUUCAAUCUACGGUGUGCCAGAUUGCCCCCGAUGUGCAGGCAACGGACAGACUGUGGUUCGGAGGGCCAGGAACGGCCAAAGAAAUUGAAGAGGAUCCACCAGAAGAUCGUUUUCCCCUAUAUGUGCUGAAGAAGCCGUGCGACGAGGCCAGCUCAAGCAAAGAAGAAUGGCGAACGAAGACGAAGACUUCAAAACACCGCUUCGUGAGGCAGAGCGAGCAAGAUGAGCAGAAUCAGGCUCUUGCCUCGAAGCCCUGCCCCUGGGGGCAGUUCUGCUUUGAUGGCAGUCGCUGCCGUCGCUUGCACUCAGAGGAAGAGAGGGCCUUCUUCCGUGAGCAUGGUGGUCAGCCACCUUUCAAGGUGAACCCAAAGAAGGCGGAGUCCAGCUUCAUUGUGUGCGACCAGAAGCAUCAUUACGAUGACGUGGACCACUGGAGACGCCAAUGCAACUUCCUCCACAAGGGUGAGGAGCCGACCUUCUGUCAAGCAUGUCGAUCAGCUCCCUGCCGAUGUGAUGAAGGUGAGGGAGACCUGAUUCAGCCGAAUGACCUGCAAUGCCAGUGGCUGAAGGACAGCUGGGUGGAGCCAUGUACAGUGUACAGCAUACAGGACAGAAACUGCAGUCAGUCUUGGUCUCCGCAGGCCCGCUGA